AUGACAAUAAUUCCAUCAAGCAUCCACUUUGGGAUGGACGCCACAAAGCAAUUCGUGUCUAACCUCGAUGCUGUGUCACUCACACUUCUCACCGUCACACUUGUCGCUUUCCUCAUCCCCAUCUUUAUCCUCUUCCCUCCCGUUACCGUCGACUGCAGCGACGUCCUCCGGCAGACCCACUCACGGGCCGGCGAGCCACUCCGAGACAGCAACAUCCAACGUGAAUCAUCACCGGAUCAUCGGGCCCGUGACAGCAACCGUUCCGGAGAAGAGCAGCAGCACAUCUAUCCCGUUCAUCUCUGCCGUGGAAUUGAGCUCAGGGUCUCUUCCUCCAGCAGCUCGGAAUGCCAUCACUUGUACAUGUUUGCUCAUCAAGAGCAUGAUGAUAAUCUCGUGUGGAAAGCUGCAACUUGUGAGAAGUUCCCUUUGCUGGCUAAUGUCGAGGUCGACCUCUGGGUUCCUGAUCCAAACAAGACGAGCCGUCUUUUGGGCAAGGUUGAAGGAUCUUUCCUUGUUCUGAGGUUUCCUUGGACAGAUGCAGGACUACAGGGUAUUCUGCAAUGCAUCUCGGCCAAACUCAGCCAUGGGUUUAACGCAAUUCCUGAAAAGGAGUUUAUGCUGCCAGUAUCAUAUCCGAAUGAGGAUGAAGUUAAAUCAAGGGGAUAUUCCUUUGAUCAUUUCGAGAAAAAAGACAACAAAAUCAUGGCUUUGAACAUGGACGUUGAGCUUCCUACUGAGCUGGCUCGGUACUUGGGGGUUGAGAAAGUUGGAAUCUUUAGGUUAGAUCAGCAGUAA